UAUUCAAAGUGACAUUGUUUGAUACUUCGUGACGGCAAUGGCACAUAGCAGUCAAGGAGAACUCCCAGCGUACUCCAAGCAUUAUCCCGCCGAGAAUAUCAUCGACAAAACCCAGUGGGUCAAGCUCAACCUGGGAGGCACCAUGCUGGAGACGACCCGAGCCAGCCUGGAGCGGCUCAAGAGCGAGUUCCUCUCCCUUCUGUUGGACCCCGACGAUGAGGAUGUUUGUACGGGGAGUCAUGCUCCCUCCGACGGCAUUUACCGCAUCGACCGGGACGCCGACGCCCUGCGAGUGCUUCUCAACUACGGCCGCUACGGUCAAGUGGUCGCGGUGCCCGAGCACAUCACCGAGGCGUUCCUCCUCUCCGAGAUCCGAUUCUACCGGAUGCACGCGGAGGUCGAGCGGGCCGUCAGGGAGUUUUUCGAGGCGAAGCGGCUCGGGCCCAACUCGGUGAGAGUCGAGACGGUGACCAUCACCGAGAUGGCUAUGGACAAGGGCCGCUUGCAUCACAACGUGUACGACGUCAUCAGGGGGAGUAACAUCUGCUGUUACACCAAGGUUCCCAGGAGCGGAACGUGCUACCGUGACGUGGGUCACUUGUUCGUCUACGAAAUGCCACAUUCCAAAUUUCCUGCUCUAUUCCGUGCCACGUGCCUGCAGUGUCGGCGCAAAGUUUAUGUAGCAGACGACCCAAUCAUCGGACUCGAAGGCUGGUGCCACAAAUGUCGACUGUGCCUACGAUGUCAAGACGUUCUGUGCGACGCGGUACCAGACGAAGCCGCCGUCACCAACGAAGAUGGCAAAAAAGCGCGGGAACUUCAAACUUUGUCAUCGUCACAAAACGAAACUCACUUUGAGGUGCGAAAGACGGCGUCUGUAGUUUUCGUUUGCGACACCAGGCAGCCUAAGCGGUCACCAAGUCCGGAGGUGAAAAGAAUUGACGGCCUUAACAGUGAAAUGGACGAUUCUACGGGCGCGGCCAUCGCAAAAGCCACUGGACUGAAGUUGCCCAAGUUUUCUCGUCUGCCCCCUGUUGCAAGAGUAGAUAGCGCCACCAAGCGUCCCAUGACAACAAGAAAGUACUCGACCACGGAAACUGGCAGAGUCGCAGAUUUGCCAAACUACAGUUUUAAGGAUCUUGUAAAAAUGCAGCAGUGGUCAAUUUAACCCAAAACCAUAAUGUUUUGACUGGAAUGUAUUAUUUUGGAA